AUGGCGGAAGUUUGUUCACACGUUACUGCUGAAGUGUAUCCGCACGGUGAAUUUUAUACUUUACUCCGUGAACACUCUGAAAAUUAUUACGACGAUUCAAUGUUCAAAAAGGUGCAAAUCAAAAAAUUUGAAGAGAAUGAAGGCUUUAACUCGGAGAUCUUCAAAGUUACCGCUUAUGACAGCUCCAACAAUCCCCAUUACAUGAUCCUGAAAAUCCCAUGUGUUGAUAAAUUUCUUGAAAAACUAGAAGAUGCCGGACAAGAAGUUAACGAAAGCGAUGGUGUAAAUAAUGAGAUUCUGAAUCUCACAACUAAUUUGGCUCACCUGCAUUCCUUCUCAAUGUUCCUUCCCAAAGAGAGCCUCAAAAAUUUAAAUCUCCGUGGGCGUUUCUUCGAUGACUGUGCCGACUUAAACCCAAAGUUUGCCGAAAAAACGCUUGCAAUUUUCCCGCAACUACGGCAUUAUUAUGAGCCUUUCUAUAAUCUGAUCCGAAGCAGGCAAUUUGCCGAAUAUUCUGUGACUGGCAUAGCGGCAGAACUUGAUAUGCCAGAAGUAAUUGUUCAUGGUGAUCUGUUUUCCAACAACAUUUUGUGGAAAAAAAAUCCGGAUCAGACAUGUUCUGAAGAAGUUGGAGCAAUCAUUGACUGGCAGCUGAUCCAUGCUGGGUGCGUUGCCGAGGAUCUCGCAAAAAUCCUGGUAGUUUGUACAAACACCGAAACUAGGAGACUGGCUGAAGAACGUGUUUUCAAUACUUACCUUGAAGUCUUAACAAACGACUUAGCUGAGGCUGGUAGGGCUGUGCCAUUCACAAAACAACAGCUGGAAAAAGCUUAUCGACUAUCAUUCAUCAAUCAAGUGUUCUUCCUUCUAUUUGGCAUAUCCUUCUUCAUCCAGCCUAACGUUUUCAACACCAACUCGUCACAAACAAAAGCAAAACUGGCUGCAUUAGCUUCGCGAGCAGAAUAUGCUCUCAUCGACUCUAUUCAAAUUUUGGAAAACGACCUUUCCAGAUGGAUGCUGUAA